AUACAUUUGCCUUAAUCCUUUUCACAGAAUCUAUAUUAUUUAUUUUCAGUUAUUUUUGCCACUAACAGUCUGAAACUGUAAGAAUGCCAAAUAGUAGUUCAAUAACUAAAUCUUAUGUUUAUUCUAAAAUAAAUUCUGUUCGGUGGAAACCAUCUGCAUCUACAUUCAGCAAGCCAGAAAUUUUCAUCAGUGGCUCAUGGGACAAUGAGGAUAACAAAGUUUGUGUGUGGAGGUGUGCCAGUGAAGGAGACCCUCAGUUACUACAAGAGAUUUCUCAUGCUGGAGAUGUUUCUGACAUAACUUAUAUAUCAAGAGACACAGCAGCUGUGGCCAGCAGCAAUGGCAGUGUGUCUCUCUACAAACAUGCGGAUGACACCAACAAAAAUCUUUCUCUGAGCCAGUGCUUCAAACAUGCCCAUCAUUUCCAGUCUGGCUCUCAGGCCCCGUGCACCAGCGUUGCCAGUGAUGGCUGCCUCAUAGCCACUGUGGGUGAGGAUGCAAGACUCCUGCUGCUUAGUCCUGGCCAGCAUGAGCCCCACAGAAUUAUAGACAGCGGUAGCGACAGCAGCGAGUACGCCGUGACGUUCAUUAAGACCAAUGAGGUGCUCACUGGAAGCCUUCAAGGCCAUCUCAGGCUCUGGGACAUACGCAAGGCUGGCAACAUCCCUACUGUUACCAUGAUAACGACUGAUCAGGAAUGGAUCCGGGACGUAAGCUGUCACCCUAGCCAGCAGCACGUGGUAGCAGCCGCAGGGGAGGCGGGCGCACUCACCCUAUGGGACAUGCGAAACACAACGCAGCCUUUCACGUCCAUCUCCGCUCACUCUGCACCUGUGCUAGAGGCGCGCUUCCACCGCAACUCUCCCGACCACAUCUUCACAUGCGGCCUCGAUGGUCAGCUCGUGCACUGGGACGUGUCGUACCACUCAGCUCGAUCAUUAUUAGAAGGAACUGGGGGCGGGGGCUUGGUGACGUCAUGGCUGCACCCCAGCGUGGCGCGUGGUGACGUGACGACGACGGCGCUCAUCAACGCGGGGCCGCUGCCGCUCAACAGCGUCGACGUGCAGGGCGACGUGGCUGUCGCAGCCUCGGACAACGAGGCACUUUUCGUGCUCAGAAAUCUCGUCAUGUGCUGAGGCUGUACACGCAGAAUGUGCUGCCGUCAUACAAGCAAUUCUGAUAGUCUGAUCCCUCACUGCGAGGGAUCAGAAAGAUAGUGAUCCCACUCACUGGUCGCAGUGCGUCUGACACUGCGACCUGAAGCAUCAGCGUUUCUUGGUUAAAUUUUUACUUUCAU